GUCUUCCGGAACGAGGCUGAAGAGCCUUCGUCUAGAACGCUCCAGAGAGGCAGCGACUUCCCGACCGAGGGCUCUCGCUAUGCAAUGGCAGACGAGCGGAGUUUGGGCCACGUGCGCAUGCGCGAGCUAUCAUAGGAUGAGAGGGGUUUCCAGCCGACCGAGUGCGCCUCCUCUCGGCUCGCGUUGCAAAGGCGGCCCAGAGACCACGUGAGCCCCGGUCGAGCCGUUGGAAUCCCUCUGAAAUCCGGGACCCCAGCAUCAGUCGAUGGUGUGCGGUCUACGGCGAGGAGGGGCCUCCCAGGUUCCGAGAGAGCAGCCUCAUUUUGCAGGUGCAAGCAAAGGAGAAUGCCGACCAUCGGCGCGGACCGCGCCUUCAUGGCGACCACCCCUGGACUGUUGAGGAUCGGCGAAAUUAUUCUGGGACUUUGUGGCCUGGUGUCGGUGGAGUCCAUGGGUGGCGACUGCUACCUGGCCUACAUCCACCGCUACGAGCUCAGCCUGUUCGUGGUCAUCACCUCUUUCAUCUUCGCGUUUUUCGUCGUCAUGGUCUUCGUGCUUCGAGCGCAGGAGGCACUCGCUCGCUGCUUCAACCUCUCGCUCUCUCUUCUAGUGAGCGACAGUUUCAUCGCACUGUUCUACCUGAUCGUCUGCCUGCUGGAGUUUACCGCCUACUGCCCGGACCCGGACGACAAUGCGAGCACAAAGGUGGCCGGCGUGUUCGGCAUGUUCUCUAUGAUGUGCUUCGUGGUGUCGUCCUACUUCUCGUACAAGAUGUUCCAAGAGGAGCGGUUACCGACGGCGCCCCCGCCUGGUCUGCGCUCCGUCGUCCCGGUGUCCAAGUGAACUUCACCGGACUGACGUUCCAGUGGGCAGCGUAUAACAUCGCAGGGGGACGCGAACCUACAUGGGUCCGACUAGGGUCUACUCUUACGAACAUUGAAACGCCAAGUUUCGAGAAAAGUUCAAGAAAGGUUCGACGAUUAUGCGCAUCCGCUGAAAUUGAAAACGACCCGACGCCACCUAGCUUGUGGACAGUACAAUGUGUAUCGGGCAGUUUGUUAACCAUUAAGAAACCAAUGCAAUCGUUAAAAUAUUACACGUUUGCUUUUAUAUUGUAUAAGCAAUAGUAUUUACUAGGGGUGCGCGAAAAGUUGUUCAAAUCGAAAGCGCAGCGUCAUUCGUCAUUCAUAGCAUUCACUGUGUUAGGGAAAGCCAGGAAAACAGAUUAUUUUCACAGCGUCGAAGAUGAGUGAACCACUGAAUUUAUUGAAUCAGGAUGGCUCUCUGGCUAAUUGGUGUGCGGGUGGCCGUUUUCUAUCGUCAGGUUUUGCUGACGAGUUGGGCCUCCUUGGCAAAGGCCCGCAACGCGAGCAUUUUGUUUUUAGUAUUGUUCGCGGGGUACAGCAAGGUUUGAAGAUUUUUGACUCUCGGUGGUUUAUGGUUGUUGCAAAUGGCUCCCUAGAGCCGGACAGGACCAAAGUAGAUGGGUUAUCAUUGGGGGUCCUUGCCGACACUGCUUGCAAAUGAGUUGGUCGGAAGCGAUAUGUGUGUUUUUACGCUUCUUGUGAUGUUCCCAACUUCCAAUGACGUACUCAGUUCGGUCAUACCCUGAGCGUUCUUUGGUAUGGAGGACUUACGCUCCACUUGGAAUGGGUAUGGGGUGUUGCAGCCUAGAUAUGGUGUGUCGAAGCUUCUGUUUAUUAGAUAUAGAUGGCACUGCGCUAUUAAAUUCCAACCACUAUUCGCACACUCCUAAAAAUAAUUUACUAAAACUGAAAACCAAAUUCUGCAUGCAUUUUUUUACAACUAUUUGAAAUUUGUGUCUAAAUGUUGGAACACUGUCUAAGGAGUUGAUCAUUGUCAAAUUUUGCCCAAAAGUCGAAAGUUGAGCGACCCAGUUGAACCUCAGGUUUGGCAAAAGUGUAUAACAUCCAGAGCAGUGAGUUACCCAAGCCUAGCCUUGGCUUCCAUGUUGGGAGACCCAGUACCACAUCCGGAAGCCGACAGCUCCGAUUCCCGAGCGACUACCUACGAGGCGUUAUGAACUCAACCAGAUACCACGUCCAACCAUAGGCCACAUCUUCGUAUGGACAUCACCGCGUGCACACAAAAGCGCCAUCUAGUGUACUUGUUAAUGAUCAUAUUUCCGACAUAUUGGAAGGUUUUGGUACCGAUGGUAGUGCCUAAAAUGCAUUGGCCGUGGGAAGAAAAAAAGAGGUAGUGUAAAUCUAAACUACGAUCCCCGACUACAAGUUUAGGCAAAUACGACACGCAGCGACUUCAAUAAAGAUCGUUCAUUCA